CUUUCAGUUCAUUGACACAACACAACAUUGACGGCUAUUUUUUUUUCUGUCAUCAACCAUCUUCUUCACUUUCUUUUCUUUCCCUUAAUUCUAUUCGAAUAUCAAACAAAUGCCUUCAGAUACUCCCGGUCAAGACGCAUCUGGUGCCCCCGCGGCCAAGGUUGAUUUUACUGCUGCGAUGGCUAAAGUCAAGGCUUUGGCUGCAAAGCUUGGCAACUCAGCUUCUAGUGCCGCCCCACCUGUUGCCACACCUAGUACACAUGCCCCUUUGAAACGUUCUUUUGAAGAUGACUAUAGUAGCCAUGGCCAUGAUGGUCGUGAUGACAACUCAUAUGGCAAAAGGAUGGCAUAUGAUAGUGGUCGAGACUCAACUCCCAUGCAUCGUCCUGGUCUAGGAGCUCAAGUUUCGCACUAUGCUCCUCCUAUGCGUAAUGAGCAUCAAAUCCAAGAGGAAAUGCCUGUGCCAGGAAACCUAGUAGGCUUGAUAAUUGGACGUGGCGGUGAAAACCUCAAGCGAAUUGAACGCGAGACAGGCUGUCGUGUACAGUUCUCACAAGAUGGCAACCCUGGGGACCGUGAACGAUUCGUUAAUAUUUUAGGACAGCCUGCUGGCAUUGUAGACGCAAAGCGCCAGAUUCAAGAAAUUAUUGCCAGUUCUCAGACUGGAGAGCGCCAUGGGGGGGGUGGGUAUACUAGUGGCGGCGGCUAUGGCAAUGGAAACUAUGGUAUAAGUGCAAACGGAAGCUACGGUCGCGGUGGUACCACCGCCACCAUUCAGAUUCCAAGCACCAAGGUCGGUCUUGUCAUUGGACGCGGCGGCGAGACCAUCCGCGAUUUACAGGAUCGUAGUGGAGCACGUAUUGCGGUCACUCCUACGCCCAACGACCAUAACUCCCCUAACAGAACUGUCUCCAUCACUGGAGACGAUAGUGCGAUUGAGCGAGCAAAAGCGCUCGUUGAGGAGAUUGUCAGCGACAUGGCACCUAGAGCUGGUCAUAGUAGUGGAUACCAGACUACACCACCUGUUACUAUAACUGUCCCUCAGGAUGCAAUCGGAUUGGUGAUUGGUCGUGGGGGCGAGACAGUCAAGCAGCUUCAAAUACAGUCUCGUGCUAAGAUCCAGGUACAGCAAGUUGAUCCUGCUAUGCCACCUCCAACAGAUCGCACUAUUAACUUAUAUGGACCCCCCGAGGCAGUUGAAUAUGCCAAACAAUUGAUUAUGGAGAAAGUUGCCGGAGCGGUAAGUUAGAGUACAUUCAUUAUUACACCCUCUUUAUUAUUAUUUUAUUUUCCUUGUUGUUCUCUUCUAUUGGACUAUUUUAUGUAUACUUUUUGAGCUUGUGUCGGGCUUCAUAUACAAAAGACGACUCGUCGCCAGACUCGGACAUGGAUUUAUGGUCUUCGGCACGACAUAAACAGAAAGCGGCUCGACAACCCAUUGAACUGCUCACGAUUUAUCAUUCAUGUGUGAAUGUUGUCUUUGAAUAUUUUUAUACUAUAUUACCUCGCGACGUUACUGGACCGUUUGAUUCUAUUGACGACAUAUUAACAUUCAG